AUGCUUGAGAUAGCGAUCACCUUCAGACACCAUCAGAACUCGAGUUUUGGCAAGGACGGCCAGGAACAUUCACUGGACAGUUUCUUCAAGUACAGCCAGACAUAUAGUGAGGAAGAUCUGAAGUCGUUUCUGCCAGUGCCACAACAAUUAACUUGGAUCCAUGUCUCUGACCCGACCGCAGACGACGCAAGUGUCGCCACGCCACCUCCUCCUUCUCACACUCCUACCACGUCUGAUACGGUUCAGCAAGUCGCAGCACAUACUCUAGAAGCCCUGUCAACCGCAGCAGCUGAUCAGACCACCCAUCCGCCUCAGGGCACUGCGUACUACACGACAGCAAAUCCUGCAACAGAAUACCAUCCAGAAUAUGGAUUCGUGCAAACUGAACCUGGUGGCCCGACAAGUGGUGGUCUCUCCAGAAACAUUCACUAUUAUCUCAGCAGCUCGUCUCCCCAGAACCAGACAGACACAUCCCUGAUCGACCCAAAUCUCGAGUCCACCGUGACGACUACCGCUCCAGAAGGCGAGCAACUGGACAUGGCGCGUGAUGAAAAACCGCAGGGCGCGGAUAAAGAUCAGAAAGAACAAGAGGACAGCUUGACUGACUCGGAUACAAGAGUUGCUAUGGCGCUCAGAACUUUUAAUGAACUCCAAGCUUAG